AAUGCGUGCUGUAUUCCUGCUGUUGGCUCUCGGCCUUGCUGCUGUGGCGGCUGCACCUAAAAACCCACAAAGGAUUGUGGGUGGUUCAGUCACCAACAUUGAGAACUACCCAGGGACAGCUUCUCUCCUCUUCUCUUGGUGGGGAGCAACCUACACCCAAGCCUGCGGUGGUGCCAUCUUGAACAACAGGGCUAUCCUCUCAGCUGCCCACUGCUUUGACGGUGAUGCGGCCUCCAACUGGCGAAUCCGUAUUGGCUCCACCAACGCCAACAGCGGCGGUGUCGUCCACAACACCAACCAAAUCAUCAUGCACCCCAGCUACAACCGCUGGAACUUCGACAACGAUAUUGCCAUUCUCCGGUCCUCCACCGUAUUCACCUUCAACAAUCAAGCCCGCGCCAUUAGCAUCGCUGGUGCCAACUACAACCUCGCUGACAACCAAGUCGUGUGGGCCGUCGGAUGGGGUGCUACUUCCGUUGGCGGUUGGGGUUCUGAGCAGCUCCGUCACGUUCAGAUCUGGACCGUGAACCAGAACACUUGCAGAACUCGCUACGCCGAGUUGGGGUACACCCUCACCGACAACAUGCUGUGCUCCGGCUGGCUCGACGUCGGCGGUCGGGACCAGUGCCAGGGUGACUCCGGCGGUCCUCUGUACCACAACGGCAUCGUCGUCGGUGUCUGCUCCUGGGGUGAACAGUGCGCUCUCGCCCGCUACCCCGGUGUCAACGCCCGCGUAUCCAGAUACACCGCUUGGAUCCAGAGCAAUGCUUAA